AUGCGAAAUUUAACAUAUAAUUCAGCAAAAACAAUAGCGGAAGGAAAUUUAUCCAAUCUGACUAGUAUACGCCAUCGGAGCGGUCGAGCAGGUCGUUUUUUGGAUGAGCAUGGUUUUGGUUGGCUUCUGGAAGUGAAUGAUGAUGAAGAACCGAAGCCUUUGUUUGAAGAAUUGGAUGUCGAUUUUAAAGACAUUUAUUAUAAAGUUCGAUGCGUACUUUUACCUCUGCCAUAUUUUCGCUUGAAGCUGAGCAUUGUAAGAGAUUCACCCGAUUUUUGGGGGCCGCUUAUUGUAGUGCUUAUUUAUGCACUUUUAUCUAUAUAUGGACAACUCAGUGUAAUUUCUUGGAUUUUAACUAUUUGGCUAAUUGGGUCAUUUUGUAUCUUUUUUCUUGCUAGAGCAUUGGGAGGAGAAGUUGGUUAUUCGCAGGUUCUUGGAAUUGUGGGUUAUUGUCUCAUUCCGUUGGUUGUUGUUGUUAUUUUGAUGCCCAUGUUUUCUAGGAUUAAGUUGAUAACUUAUAUUCUUGGCUUUUUUGGGAUUCUUUGGUCUGUUUAUAGUGCUGCUAUGUUAUUAUGUGUCGAUGAAUUACAAGAGAAAAGAAGUCUUCUGCUUUAUCCAGUUUGCUUGUUAUAUAUAUAUUUCUUUUCAUUAUAUUUGGGUGUUUAA